AUGGCGCUGCCUCCCGCGGCCGAGGACCUCUUUGACAAAAACGGUCACUAUGUUUUUCCGAGUCUUGCCCGAUACCUUGGUCUCGCCGAACAGCACAACGGAGACCUCACCGCAGAGUUCACAGCGACCUUCAGUCCAUUUUUGAUGAAUAAGCGUCGGAUCAGCUAG